AUGUCGUUCACUUCAGCACCAGCCGAUCGCACCGCGGCCGACUACCUGUCGCCAGCCAAGAUGUUCGACCUGAGCGGCAAAGUUGCUCUCGUCACCGGAGGAGGUACAGGUAUCGGACUCAUGCAGGCACGGGGCUUGCGAGCAGCAGGUGCCAAGGUGUACAUCGUAGGAAGGAGGGGUGAAGUUUUGCAGCAGACCGCCAAGGUACACGGUUCCGACGAUCGUCCAUUGAUCCCGCUCAGUGCCGACGUCUCGACCAAGGAAGGCUGUAUCUCGCUCGCCGAAGAGUUCAGCAAGCACGAAGAAAAGCUCGAUGUGCUCAUCUCGAACGCAGGUCAGGUGGGACCACAGAACGAAGGCUCGACCACUGCCGAUGCAUCGGGCAAGUCGCACCCUGAACAUCGGGAGGAGCGUCUCUCGGCUCAAGACUUUGCCAAGAAGGGUCUCGAAGACAACUCGCCUGACGACUGGGACAAGUUGUUCCGUGUCAAUGUCUACGCAACCUAUUUCUUGAGCCUUGCCUUUUUGCCUCUGCUUCAGAAGGGUACCGAAGCAUGCAAGGCCUGGUCUUCUACCAUUAUCACCACCGGAAGUAUCUCGGGUCUCGCGAAGCAAUCGCAGAAGCAUGUCUCUUACAACGCCUCGAAGGCAGCAGUCCACCACGUUACUGAAAUGCUCGCUUUCGAAGUCGGCGCUAUCACCACAGCCAAGAUUCGCAUCAACGCUGUUGCGCCAGGCACUUUUGUAUCGCAGAUGACGGCGAGUGACAAGGAUGACGAGACCAACGUGUCGAGUUUGAAGGGCACCAUGGACAAGCUGUCGCUUCCUGCAGGACGUCCAGGACGAGAGGAGGAUAUGGUUCAGACCACGCAGUGGUUGGCUAGCUGCCAGUACCUGAACGGUCAAAUCAUUUGUGUUGACGGCGGUUAUACUUUGACUGAGCCUUGA